CCCGCCCUCUCCCCGCACGGCGGCCAGGCUCUCUCCGAGGGCGCAUCCUCUAGGCCGCAACAGCGCUCAGGCCCCUCUCCACCUCUCCUCCCCGCGCCUCCUCCCGCCUCCAGCUCCGGCCCUGCUCCGCAGCUCGCGCUCACCGGCAGCUCCGGCUCCCGUAACGGCUCCUCCCGCCACCCGGCUGCUCCGAGCGAUACCUCAACCCACUAGAACUUUCUUCCACUUCCGCUUCCGGGUCGCCUCAAGAGCCGCUUUGAAAAAAUUUCCGAACUGGGCACUUCUAGCCGCCUAGAGGCAUAGAGAUGAGGUCGUCUCGACUUCAACGGCGCCUUUAGUAGGCUGGGCUUUCGAGUUGCCUCUCGGGAAGCUAGGCGGCCUUGUGUGGUCUCGCUUCUCGGGCAGUGGGUCCGGUCUCAGGGAAGCCGACGCCUCGGGGAAAACUGCAGUCCCCGCUGCACGGCAUCCGGAACUUAAAAGCAGCCUUGGCCGGCCUGGCGGUGGGAAGAGUUAGAGCGACGGACGAGGCGGGGCAAGGUAGCCAGUAGGCUUCCGGGGUGGCGCCGGAAGUACGGUGCUCGGAAGAAUCCGACCGAGGAGGGCUCACGCUGUCUUCGUCGUCGCCAGGCUUGGAGGAGUCGGGUCGGAGUGCAGGUGCGGGAGACCUGAGUGUCCACGCCAUCGUCGUGACCGCCGGCAGGACCCUCCUUUUCUGUGCCUUCGUUGGCUUCGCUGCGAAGUGAAUCGUCGGCGCGCUGCUCUUAGCGCCCUGGAGAACGAGGUCGUUCGGGCAGCGCCCGUGGGAGACGAAGGCCUCACAGUAAGGAACAGUCCUGGGUUCUGAACUUGCCAUCCAAGAAACUCAGGAGGAGGAGUUGACAGUCUCCCUAUCCCUCACCCUGCUGAGACCGGACUCAGCAUGUCUCAAGCCACCAAGAGGAAGCACGUGGUGAAGGAGGUGCUGGGGGAGCAUAUGGUGCCCUCCGACCAGCAGCAGAUCGUGAGGGUACUCAGGACCCCAGGGAACAAUCUGCAUGAGGUGGAGACAGCCCAGGGGCAGCGCUUCCUGGUGAGCAUGCCCUCCAAAUACCGGAAGAACAUCUGGAUCAAGAGAGGUGACUUCCUCAUUGUUGACCCUAUUGAAGAGGGAGAAAAAGUGAAGGCUGAGAUCUCCUUUGUGCUCUGCAAGGAUCAUGUGCGCUCUCUGCAGAAGGAGGGGCUCUGGCCUGAGGCCUUCUCAGAAGUGGCUGAGAAGCACCACAACAGCAGGAACAGACAGACUCAGCCAGAACUCCCAGUGGAGCCACAGUCAUCAGGGGAAGAGUCCAGCUCUGAAGACGAUUCCGACCUCUUCGUCAACACCAACCGCAGACAGUAUCUGGAGAGCGAGGAGGAGAGCGAAGAGGAGGAGACAGCCUGAGGCCCUUGCCCCAUUUCUCCUCCCGCCCAGGGACUAGUGCUCGUCCGCGCUCAGACGUCCCCGGGUGCUCUGCAGGUCUUCCCGCUCUGGACGGGGGACAAGACAGGGCCUCUCUCUGAACUGACCUUGCGCUCGAGGAGAAUUAAACCCCUGGUGGGUGCCGACCAGU